AAACUGUAUUUGUGCGUAAAAAUGAAAAGUUCCGAUGUUUUUUUUUUUAUUACCAUGAUAUAUAUCUUAUAUCUCUCUAGUUUUUAUGGUUGCGCUGUGGGUUUGUAGUAUAGUGGACUGGACAGUGUGGCUGUGGUAAUAAAUAUAAUUUGAAACAGAGAGAGGGGGACCAAAGAAGCUCAGCAUAUGGUCUGGUGACGUAACGCCGCUCAGACCACACCGCCUCUUCUGCGCGCGUGUGCGUGUCCGUGUGUGCACCCUGCUCAGGCUCGCAUCCAGAUCUGCGCGCAUUGUCGCCGCGGACACGCGUGCUUUUGAAAUUACGCACGAGAGCAGCCGCUGACAAAAUAACAAUAAUAACAAUGAUGAACGCCGUGACCGCUGCAACCUGCCUGCUCGUCGCGGGCGUCAGCUGCUACCUCUACGGCAGCGACGUGUUGUCAUUGCUGCUCCGUGUCUCUGUUGCAGACCCCCCCAUGCCCGAGCCGGGAGCUGAACCGCGGCGGAGCCCGCAGGGAGUCCCCUACGCCGACCUGCAGCACAUCGUCAACGCCGACGGACUGCACCUGUUCUGCCGCUACUGGGAGCCCGCCGGCCCUCCAAGGGGUCUUGUGUUUAUCGCCCAUGGAGCCGCGGAGCAUUGCGGGCCGUAUGAUGAGAUUGCACAGAGACUGAAGGAGCUGUCUCUGCUGGUAUUCGCACACGACCACGUCGGCCACGGUCAGAGCGAAGGAGAGAGGAUGGUCAUCAAAGAAUUUCAGGUUUACAUCAGGGACACCCUGCAGCACAUCGACCUGAUGAAGUCCCGCCAUCCUGACCUGCCCGUCUUCAUCGUGGGCCACUCCAUGGGCGGCGCCAUCUCCAUCCUGACCGCCUGUGAAAGACCCGGUGACUUUGCCGGAGUGGUUCUGAUUGGUCCGCUGGUCCAGAUGAACCCAGACUCGGCCACACCGUUCAAGGUUUUCCUGGCGAAGCUCCUGAACCACAUGCUGCCCAGUCUCUCUCUGGGCUCCAUCGAGUCCAAGUGGAUCUCACGGGACAAGAAGCAGGUGGAGGCGUACGACGCCGACGAGCUCGGCUUCCACGGCGGGCUGCGGGUGUCGUUCGGCAUGCAGCUGAUGGGCGCGGCGGCGCGGAUCGAGAGGGAGAUCCCGUCCAUCAGCUGGCCCUUCCUGCUCCUCCACGGCGACGCCGACAAGCUCUGCGACAUCCGAGGCUCCAAGAUGAUGUACGAGAACGCCUCCAGCUCGGACAAGAAAAUCAAGAUCUACGAAGGAGGCUACCACGCCCUCCACCACGACCUCCCCGAGGUGGCCGAGUCGGUCCUGAAGGACGUGACGAGCUGGAUCGCCGAGCGCCUCCCCGCCGCCGCGUCGCCGCCGCAACCUCAAGGCUCGUAGAUUCGCAAUCCUGCACCGCGCCGGGCGAAGGGAAUCGGGCCACGACCGCGAGGGGCCAGUUGUCUGUCAGGCGUAACAAAACUACUGCACUCUCCUGACUGGGAGACACCCUUUGGGCAUAUGGCUGUACAAAAAAAAAAAAAAAAAAAAAGACUACCGCAAAAACCUGCCCCCCAUUUCCUGCCCCAAGUGUCUCUCAAUCAGGCCGCUGAUUUCAAUUGGCUUAGCAGCAGCGGUGCGUUUGGCAGGAUGAUCAGGGAUGUGCAUCUUCACGUGUUCGUCAAGGUUACGGAUGCGAGGACUCAAAGUGCAAUAACGUCGCCCCCCCCCCCCCCCCCCCGCGUCCUCAUUUAUAUGAGCAGGCCCGAGUUUUCGAGUACUAACAGCAACACAAUACAUUAUUGAUCAGCCGUUCACAAACGAGGUUAAAGGUCAGGGACAGCUGGAGGACGGCAGCUCCCGGGUAGCUAGCUCCACAUCUGUCUACGGUGGACUGCUCAGGAUCUGGUCUCCUCCGCCCCCACCCCCCCCCCCACCCCACAUCACACCGUUACACAAAUGACAUAAAUAACCAGUUUAUAGACACGGGCAGCUGUUGUAGAGCCCCGUAAGCACUUUGUGGAUGUGAAACUAGUCCGGUGUUUUAAUCUCUUUUGUUUAUCCCAAAGACAAACAUUCCGUCCGUCUGAAUCCAGCCUCAGUAUAUCACAAUAACUUUCCUCCGAGCCUGGCUGAGAGCGUUAGUGGGGGAGGAUGAGGAGGAGGAGGAGGCGAAUCGACCAGGUGAAAGUGGUCAGACGCGCUCUGCAGGUGGGAGUUAGAGGAAGAGGUCGAGGGUCAAACGGUUUCGCCCAGAAGGCCACGGUUCACGGCUCCUUGGUUAAACUGCAGGGAGGCAGGAGGGGAAAGAAAUGUGUCUCUGUUCACGUAGCGUCUGCUGUUUGGUAAAGUCAUUUUUAACUCGUUUCGGGCGUACAUGGGUCACGGUAGGAGUCAGAUCCGCCGUGGCGUCCAGCUAAACCGCAGCAAAAAUGUCACAGACGCUUAUGUCACCGGUGGCUUUGUUAUUUAUAAGUCGGACACACUUAGGUCGCCAUUUAUUAUGGUCACGCGGGCUAUAAGUAGCAGCUGUUGCUACGUGCGCGAAGCUUUGUCCUUUUAUCAAGCCUGAGAACGUUUCCAAAGCUUUAUUUUUCUAAUGUGGAGAGAAACACCAGUACAUCCAGUCUGCUGGGUUUCUUUUUUUUUUUUUGGUUUGUUUAUUUUUGGAUGAAGGUUUGACUGUGCCACCUCAUCCCACAGAGUUCAAACAGACUCACGCAGAGAGCAUAGGGGAAGCCCAGUCAGUGUGGUAUCCACGGUGACCGUUACUCAUGUGUAACCACGGCAGCGGCCCGUCUGCAGGGUAGUGUUUAAUUUUGCCCCCUUCUGAUGUGUAGUCACCGAGGUGAUCGCUGCCAGGCCGACAGAAUUAGAUGAAUUUCUGGCUUCCAGUUUCUAACUCGUCCCAUCCUCGUCUCACCCAGUGUCACCCUGUUUCGCCGCCUCCAGUGUCGUGGAAACCGGCGCCCUUUGUUCUGGCCAUCACACAGGCCCUUGUUUUACUACAGAGUCAAACAUGUUGCUGUCAGCCUGCCAACACCGCCCCUAGUGGUCAGUUACCCUAACAGCAACAGGUUACAUCAUAAAGGGAGUGGAUUUAUUGUUAUUUUUAUGCUCCCAUUCAUCAGUAAGAUGUGACGUCUUGAGCCUAUUGUGGUUUCUUACCACUCACUUAUUUCAUUGUUUGGCAUCAGACCUUAGCUGCUUUGAAGAACGACAUUAAUCCACCGUGAUCAGCAGGAAAAUAGUUCAUAGUGCUUUGCAUAAUGUCUAAAAGAUAAAAAAACACAUCGUGGGACAUUAAAGUGAAGAGAUAAAUCGGAGGAACUUAAGCUUGAAAGUGCAUCCUCUCCUCUACUUUUGCUGACAUUUUUCCAGAGCGAGUGUCACAUCACGUUGCCGCGUGUGCAGCCAUAGGACGUAGAUGUAAUGCAUCAUGUAAUUCAUCCGUCCCGGUGAGAAUCGGGCCCUCGACCUCCACCGGAACCGUGUUUCUUUUUUUUCUUUUUUUUCUUCUCCUUCUUUUCUUAAUCACGACCACUUCAAACACAAUCUACUCCUGAUUAGGCUGCAGCAGCAGGCGCGGCGCGCACAAAGGCGACACAGUCCCAGUUGUAUUCAGCCUCGUAAUGGCACCCCCGCCGCUCCGCGACGGCACAAUGGGCUCCAGCCUCGCGGGAACCUAUGCAACGCUAAAAAUUUGAACAGCUCUACCUGUCAGCCUACAUGAGUGCAUAUUACUGCUAUCAUUAGCCGUGGGGGUGGAGAGAGAUGGAGAUGCAGAGAGGGAGGGGGCGGGGGGGAAAAAGAGAGAGGAGAGAAGCUGUCAGUAACCAUGGCAGCACUUCUUCUUUUCCACAGCGAAAUCACACGGUGAAAAAUGUGUAGUCAUUAAUGCUACGGGACACAUUUUCAGGGCUGCUCGUCCAUUCGCUGCUCUGAGGAUUCCCCCCUUUUGUGUUAGCGCUGAGAUAAGAGAGCGGCUAAUUAGGCAUCAUCAGCUCACAGUGAAUAAUAAGAGCUGCACAGUGGAUUUAAACCUGCUCUGCUGUUAGUACUGAAAACGUCCGUGUUUCUUAAAAGAUUGAUGAGUCCAAGUGUUAUUUGCCGUAGGUUUGUGUAUUCCAUUCCAUGUCCACGAUUGAAAAGCAGUGGAUGAUAUUGUUAGUAUUUUUCCACCAAACUUCAUUCCCAAUAACAGUGCAAUCCCUGAUGCGGUCCUCGCAUCUCGUAAAUCCCCGUAAGCCUCCCCCCGUCCGUGCCAAUAUCCCCUUUUUUACUGGCAUGGUUUUGUUGUACAAGCAUGAGGUUUGCCACACUGAGAGAAAGCCAUGCACACACGCCUCACUAUUAAUAUCUGAUCAUCCACUUGACUGUUAAGGGCCUUGUUAUUUAGGGCAGAGGGUCUAUAUUAAGUGAAGGAGAGAUAAUAAUAACGAGGUCAGGAAACUGAUUCUGAAUUCAACUGGCCUACUGUUUGUCAAUGAGGCCGUUGUGUUUUCUUUCUUUCUUUUUUUUUUUUUUAAAAAACAAAUCUAGACUUUAUGACUGUUAGAUACGAUGGAGGACUGAUGGGCGGCGGCCAGUCUUUCUGUAGUUUUAUGAGAUGAAACUGUAAUGAUUCAGUGCAGCGUUUGCAUGUUUGAAGUCAGUGGCAGCGAGAUUUGAAGAGAGUCUUUCCCAAAAUGCUGUAAAUGUAGGUGGUGUCUGCUAGGUGGGAAGAAACAAAACGAAGAAUAGAUAAGCCUUUACUGAUCCUAUGCUACUGGGACUAUAGUGGGACGUAAAUGGGAUAAUACAGGGACAAUGGUGGGAUGAUACUUGGACAAUACUGAGACAUUUACUGAGGCGAUAUGGGGACGAUACUGAGACAUUACUGGGACAAUAUUGCAGUGAUACUGAGACGUUACUGAAUCAAUACUGGGACAUUAGUAGGACAAUUCUGGGACGAUAAUGGGACGUUACUGGGACAAAACUUGGACUUUGCCGGGACGAUACUGGGAUGAUACUGAGACGUUACUGGGACGAUAUUGGGAUGAUACUGAGACGUUACUGGGAGGGGAUGCUGCAAUGAUACUGGAUAAUUCUGAGACCAUGAUAAUAGGAUGUUAUUGGGCUAAACGAUACCGGGAUGAUACUGGGACGAUACUUGGACGUUACUGGGCCGAUAAUAGGGCAUCACCAAGGUAAUACAGUGACAUUACUGAGACAGUUAUGGGUUGAUAAUAGGACUUUAUUGGGAUGGUACUGAGAGGUUACUGGGGCGAUACCAAGACGAUACUUUGACGCUACUGGGGCGAUACUGGGACGAUACUGGGAUGAGUUUAGGUCAUUAAGUGUGUUCUUCUCAGACUGGACCUUCAAACAGCUGAUGCAGCAUUUUGGAACAAAAACUCUUUUCAUAUCUUGUUUCUUUUCUUUUUUUUUAUCAAGUUUCACACUGCCUGAUUGCUGAAUCUAAUUGUAAUACACUGUAUAAUGACAUAGCAUUGCUAACUACUCUCACAUUGUAUUUUUACAUAUCUUUUAUUUAACUCAUCCAGAGUAUUUAUAUAGAAACUACUUUUACGUGGAUGUAUUAACUAAGCAUCAUGAAAAGGCACUUUUUAUAAACCCAGUCACUCUCAGCUACGUGAGAUUUCACAACACUUCCCGCAACCCCACCCUCCCCCACCUACGAAAAAUGUGUGAAAACCUUUCAGAUAAGAUUUUGCAUAGAGAAAAUUUUACUAUUGUAUAAUUUAGUCACAGACCUUAGAGUAUUUAAACCAUGAGAUGUUGAAAUGUUUUAGUUUUUUAAGAUCUUAACAGCGAGGGGUUGUUGUCUUGUACCCUUUUCCAGUGUUUUUAGGAACUUGAUUUCUCUUGCAUCUUGAAGUAUGUCUUUUUAAAACUAACUGGGCAUGAGCCUUAAACUAACUCCCUCCAUUGUAUUUCAGAUCAAACAUUUGGUCCAAAUAUUUUGAGGACUUUGCAGGUAUCAGGUUUUCUGAAGGAAAAAAAAAAUUGAGCAAGAGUGCCAUACACUUCUUUAAGAGAUUUUUUUUGUGACAGUGUGUAUUGUACAUUCAUUGUGUUUCUGGUGUUGUUUGUGCCUUAUUGCGCCGAUGAAUGUGUAUCUGAGCGUAUUUGUGUGACGGAUAUGAAGCGUGGAGCUUUGUAACUCUGGGUUUCUGUCGUCACGUCUGUUUCUGGUCUGGUAACCGUGUCUGUCUGGCUUUGUCUUCCUGCUUCAUUUUGUGUCCGUCUAUCGGAGCCCGUGUCCAAUCAGGGGUCUAAACAGAUGUAGGGUCAAAAACUGUUUCUGAAUCUUUAAACGCAGGCCGAGCUACAGCACAUAAAUACCUCCCAGGUCAUUUAGACGCCUGUUUUUACUUUAGACAAAAGGCAAAAUCCCAAGAGCUCAGUUCCACACGUCACGAUAAUAAACCAAGAAUUUAUAGUGUAACAAGAACCAAAUGCAGAUUGCAUCGAUGCUGUUACGAAACAAACGGAAUUACAAAACUUCAUUUGCCAAUAUGGAGAAUAUACCGAUCAGCCAUAACAUUAUGACCGGGUGAACGGGAGAAGUGAACAACAUUGAUUAUCUUGUGACAAUUCAGUGUUCUGCUGGUAAACUUUUGGACCUGGCUGGAUGUGACCUAGACAUGUAGCACCAGCAUGUAGACCUGCACAUUAUUAGGCAUGUGGUCAUAAUGUUAAGCCUGAUCAGUGUGGUUAGGAUCUUAUUCAAGCAAAAACUAUACAUUGCACUGAAGCAUUUAGAUAUGUAGACCCUUCUUGCCAUAGCUACUGGUCAAUGCCCAUAUAUUGAGUUUUAAAUUAUUUUAGUUUUUAUUAUUAUUACACAUUUCAGUCAGCUGAAACACAGAUUGUGGACUGAGGUCAAGAAAAAAGCUACGUUCAUUCCAGCGAGACCUGUGAUAAAAGUCACGGAGCGACACUUUUAACUGCGACGUUGCUAAAUGCUAACCCUCACCCCGUCGGGUGGUCAUAGAAAACAAAGUUUUUAUUUUGCAGCAUCACAUUCCUGAGUCUUCCUUGUAAAGGUGUGUGUUGGUUGUCUGUGAAGGUUCUCAGUCAUCCAGGUCACGGUUUAUCCAAAAAAGAUAAUAAAGCUGAAACAAGGCCGCCUGGACUUGUAGAGGUUCAUGAAAACAUUUAAUCCAAGAGUCUGAUUUAGUUCUGAAUGACUGCUGUGUCGUUGAGAUUCUUUCUUGUUGAACUGGUAGAUAUCUGGUGAAUGAACCCAACAAGUCCAGCUGCCCUCACUUCAGCUCGUAUUUUUUAUUUUUAUUUUUUUGGAUGUGUUCUGGUUGUUUACUGAGUACCACGUUACACUUAAUCUGAAUGGUCCACUGCUGACGUUCACCUGUCGAGCGACAAACGGCCCAAACCUUCCCCCGACUUCGAACAUCAAAGACUCCUACCACUAUUGUGAUCGUUUUGUUGAGUGUCAGCAUUCGACGAUUUAUUUUCAAGUGUGACCGAAUAUUGCAAAUACGAUGUACAUACUCUAAAAUGUAAUAACGGAAUGACUUCUGAAUCGCCGAAUGUCAAACUACUUGUGACUAGACUGUUCAUAAUGUCCAUACUCUCUUACAGAAUAAACUACAUGACUGUUUAACUGUG